GGAAGAGCAGAAGGAAACCACGCACCAAUUUUGCACGUUUAAAUCCCUAAGGUUCCCUGGGAAAUUUCCCUCAGUCAAGCGGAGGUGAUAACAAUGUUGCAGUUUCUUCAUAGCUCAGCGCACUAUUGCAGCACGAGGGACAGAGCCGCUCAGCCUGGCUGCUUCUGCCUCUGAAGAGCGCUGCCCAGAUCAAAUCAGGUUUUCAGCACCACGGACAGAGACUCGCCGGCUGGAGUGACUGACAAGCAUGGAGCCCACUCGUCCUGCCAUUCAACCUUGGACUUCAGACAUCUAGAAGGGAAAGGAUCCCAUGCCUUUUAUGCUAUAUGCUUGGAAACCACAGCUCUAAAAACAUGCAUCGGCGGCACACCACUCUCCGGGAAAAGGGGAGGAGGCAGGCCACCCGAGGCCCAGCCUACAUGUUCAAUGAAAAGGGCACCAACUUGACUCCAGAGGAAGAACGCUUUUUAGAUUCAGCAGAAUAUGGCAACAUUCCUGUGGUGCGGAAAAUGCUGGAGGAAUCCAAAACUUUGAAUUUUAAUUGUGUUGAUUAUAUGGGACAAAAUGCCUUGCAACUGGCAGUGGGCAACGAACAUCUGGAAGUAACUGAACUGCUUCUGAAGAAGGAAAAUCUGGCUCGUGUUGGUGAUGCGCUAUUGUUAGCCAUCAGCAAAGGAUAUGUGCGCAUUGUGGAAGCAAUAUUGAACCACCCAGCCUUUGCACAAGGACAGCGCCUCACUCUCAGUCCUCUUGAGCAAGAACUACGAGAUGAUGAUUUUUAUGCUUACGAUGAAGAUGGAACACGCUUUUCCCAUGACAUUACUCCUAUCAUACUCGCAGCUCAUUGCCAGGAAUAUGAAAUUGUUCACAUCUUGCUACUGAAAGGGGCACGGAUAGAAAGGCCCCAUGACUAUUUCUGUAAGUGCAUUGAGUGCAUUGAGAAGCAAAGGAAGGAUUCCUUCAGUCAUUCUCGAUCAAGAAUGAAUGCCUACAAAGGAUUAGCAAGUGCCGCUUAUUUGUCUCUUUCUAGUGAAGACCCUGUUCUUACAGCUUUAGAGCUAAGCAACGAGCUUGCAAGAUUAGCCAACAUUGAGACAGAAUUUAAGAAUGAUUAUAGGAAGUUAUCUAUGCAAUGCAAGGACUUUGUGGUGGGUGUGCUGGAUCUCUGCAGGGACACUGAAGAAGUAGAGGCAAUUUUGAAUGGAGAUGUGAAUAUUCAAGCAUGGCCCGAGCAUCACCGCCCAAGUUUGAGCAGAAUCAAGCUGGCCAUUAAAUAUGAGGUCAAAAAGUUUGUUGCCCAUCCCAACUGUCAGCAGCAGUUGCUCACCAUGUGGUAUGAAAAUCUCUCAGGCUUACGUCAGCAGUCGAUUGCUGUGAAAUUCUUGGCUGUCUUUGGAGUCUCCAUAGGCCUUCCAUUCCUCGCCAUAGCAUAUUGGAUAGCUCCCUGCAGCAAGCUGGGACAAACGCUCCGGAGCCCCUUCAUGAAGUUUGUGGCACAUGCGGUUUCUUUCACAAUUUUUCUUGGACUGUUAGUAGUGAAUGCCUCAGACCGAUUUGAAGGUGUAAAGCUUCUUCCCAAUGAAACUGCCAUGGAUCAUCCCAAACAAAUAUUUAGAGUAAAAACAACACAGUUCUCAUGGACAGAAAUGCUAAUAAUGAAAUGGGUCCUAGGCAUGAUAUGGUCUGAAUGCAAAGAAAUCUGGGAGGAGGGUCCCCGUGAAUAUGUCAUGCAUCUUUGGAAUCUGUUGGAUUUUGGGAUGCUCUCCAUCUUUGUGGCUUCUUUCACUGCCAGAUUCAUGGCUUUUCUCAAAGCAACUGAAGCACAACACUAUGUAGAUGAACAUGUUCAAGAUGAUGACCUCAAUAAUGUCACCCUUCCUCCUGAGUAUGCCUACUUUACAUAUGCCAGGAGCAAGUGGCUUCCCUCAGAUCCCCAGAUCAUAUCAGAAGGACUAUAUGCAAUAGCUGUGGUACUCAGCUUCUCCCGUAUUGCAUACAUUCUCCCAGCAAAUGAAAGUUUUGGUCCGCUCCAGAUCUCUUUGGGAAGGACUGUGAAAGACAUCUUCAAAUUCAUGGUCAUUUUCAUCAUGGUGUUUCUUGCCUUCAUGAUUGGAAUGUUCAAUCUGUACUCUUACUACCUUGGUGCAAAAUAUAAUCCAGCAUUUACAACGGUAGAAGAAAGUUUUAAAACCUUAUUCUGGUCCAUAUUUGGUUUGUCUGAGGUGAUAUCAGUGGUGCUGAAAUAUGAUCACAAGUUUAUUGAGAACAUCGGUUAUGUGCUGUAUGGAGUUUAUAAUGUCACUAUGGUGGUGGUGCUCCUCAAUAUGUUGAUAGCCAUGAUCAAUAAUUCCUAUCAGGAAAUCGAGGAGGAUGCAGAUGUAGAGUGGAAGUUUGCACGUGCAAAGCUCUGGCUUUCAUAUUUUGAAGAGGGAAGGACUCUACCUGCCCCUUUCAAUCUAGUGCCAAGUCCUAAGUCAUUUUAUUAUCUCAUAAUGAGAAUUAAAAUGUGCCUAAUAAAACUCUGCAAAUCCAAGGCCAGAAACUGUGAAAAUGAUCUUGAGAUGGGUAUGCUGAAUUCCAAGCCACGGAAAGUUCAUUUCGAGUCAAGUUCUCAGAUUUCAGAUUUUACAGUGAAGAAUGCCUACAACAAGCCUACAAGAUACCAGAUGGCAACACUACUUCCCAAUGGAUUCUACCACCAUGGUCAUCUCCAGCAUAUAAAAAUAAUGAAGAGACUUAUUAAACGAUAUGUUCUGAAGGCCCAGGUGGAUCGAGAGAAUGAUGAAGUUAAUGAAGGCGAACUUAAGGAGAUUAAGCAAGAUAUUUCAAGUCUGCGCUAUGAACUUCUAGAAGAAAAGUCACAAGCAACUGGCGAGUUGGCAAAACUUAUACAACAACUCAGUGACAAGUUUGGGAAGAACUUAAAUAAAGACAUUUGAUGGUGGACUAAUAAGAAACACUUUAUUAUUUCAACCAGCAUUCUAAAGGAGCAAAAGCUGUGCAAGACGAGUGCAUCAAAAGCUCUGUUUUUGCUGAGUAAUGGUUAUUUUAGAGGCACUGUGCAUUAGCCUGGUUUAUUGGGUGAAGCCAAUGAUCAAUUAUUUCCUUUAUGAUAUAAAGGUGACUUUUUUUGUAUCAAA